AUGAGCCUUUUCGAGGCGCUGCUCGUCCUACCGCCCCCUCCUCCUCGUUACACCAUCCCUGUCGCUUAUGCGGCGGGGGCUGCGAAUGGCAUGGCAGUCCCGGUUGUCGAAACGAACAACAUAAUCACCCACCCGGAGGGUGGAUGCCCGCUGCAAGUUGGAGAGGGUACUUACAUACUCAAAGACGAUCUUCUGCUGGCAACACCACCUCCGCAUCCAUCGGAAGCGCCUAUUAUCAAUCCGAAUCCCUUGGCCACAGUCCCGUCACCUCCAACCGCUGGCGUCAAGGUUUCCUUAGUUAGCCUCGACCCGCGCAAGAAGCCCCCAACGUUUCUCAAGACAGCGGUAACGGCUCCGCCAUUUGGGGAUGGAAACGCAGCUCUUGCAGCUCCAGCUCCUCCGGCAAAGGAUGCUAACAAGAGACGAAAACCGAAGAACAAUAUUAUCAAAAGCAGCUCUUCCUUCGUUUCCAGAGUGAUCACCCACGAGACCUCCGCUAAGCGCCUCAAUGAUCGCGACCCGAAUGGCGUCUUCGCUUUUGCUAAUAUCAACCGAGCCUUUCAGUGGCUCGAUCUCAACUCAACACAGAAGGAGGAGCAUCUUACCAAAGUGCUCUUUACUAAGGCGCACAUGCUUUGCCACGAUAUCAAUGAGUCGACCAAGACCUCGUCCCAUCUGGAUAUUGUGAUGGGCUCCUCUGCUGGGGAUAUUAUUUGGUACGAGCCCAUGUCGCAAAAGUAUGCCCGCAUCAACAAGAAUGGUGUCAUCAACAAUUCCCCCGUCACACACAUCAAGUGGCUGCCCGGCUCAGAGAAUCUUUUCCUUGCAUCACAUGCCAAUGGUGUUCUGGUGGUCUAUGAUAAGGAGAAGGAGGAUGCGUUGUUUACUCCCGAACCUGCUGGUCAUCCCGAGAAGAAUCGUACCAGACUGCCUCUCGAAAUCCUGAAGUCGGUCAACUCGAAGAACCAGAAAACUAACCCAGUAUCGCUGUGGAAACUCGCGAAUCAGAAAGUCUCACACUUUUCGUUCUCCCCAGACCAGAGGCAUUUGGCCGUGGUUCUCGAGGAUGGGUCCCUUCGUCUAAUGGAUUACCUUAAGGAAGAAGUUUUGGACAUCUUCCGUAGUUACUAUGGCGGCUUGAUCUGCGUCUGCUGGUCUCCCGAUGGCAAGUACAUCGUGACUGGCGGCCAGGACGACCUUGUCACGAUCUGGUCCUUCCCCGAGCGCAAGAUCGUCGCAAGGUGCCAGGGCCACAACUCCUGGGUCUCUGCGGUUGCCUUUGAUCCAUGGCGCUGUGACCAGAAGACCUACCGGUUUGGCAGUGUUGGGGACGACUGCCGCCUGCUGCUGUGGGAUUUCAGCGUUGGAAUGUUGCACAGGCCUCGAGCUCACCAUCAGACUACCGCUCGUCAUCGGUCCAGCCUCAUUGUGCCGGGUACGCAAACAUCGAACCGCCACCGAGCGGACAGUGGCGGUAAUCGGCUGCGAUCAGACUCGGAUAGAACUGAGAAAUUCGAUGGAGACUUGGACCCGAUGGCUAGUCACCCGGUUGAGCCCCGGGCACGGACUGCCCUGCUUCCCCCAAUCAUGUCCAAAAUCGUGGGUGAAGACCCUACCUGCUGGCUUGGCUUCCAGAAGGAUUGCAUCAUGACAUCUUCCCUUGAGGGCCACAUCCGAACCUGGGAACGACCAAACGACAGUGUCGUCUAG